AUGCUUCGUCUAUUAAAGCUGCUCUUAUUCUUUCCAGUUCUCGUGUACCAUGUUACAGCCAGUGAACAGGUAACUAAUCUUAGGCCUUCAUUGAAUACCACUUCCAAAAGCGACCACCGACUUCGAAAGUUCAGGAUCCUGGAAUGUUCCAGCCAACAGGAAAAGUAAGACGAAAAAGUUUAUCCGAAGUACCCUGGGAACCGAUUCGAUUCCAUAUCCAAUAUCAUAGCACUGUUCUCAAGUUUGUUCGAAUGCGGAUAUUCCAGCAUAACGAAUUUUCUCAGAAGCUCAAGGGACGAAAUAGAAAUUCUGAAAAAGGCCGUCGAAGAGGGACUGAGAUGGUAUAGAGGUGUCAAGGUUCAAAGGGACGAGAAUGGACUUUUGUUCCCUUUAUUGUAGGUUUCAAAAUUUUUGAAAGAUAUGCUGUGAUUCCAAAGCAAAAAAAAAGAUAAAAUUGGCAACUUUUCAAGCCUAAUUUGAAAUUUCAGGGGCAAUAAGAGUGUUAAAGCGGUGUGCGAUGAGAAAAUACAUUUUCCGAAGGACGUCAAUUUUUUCAAAGUAUACAGAAAAGUUGCAAAAUUUUUCUUUUUACUUAUUUUCAGUGCGGCAACGAGAAGGGCUGUGUGGAGAAGCCACUAGAUGUAGGUUUUUCAGUAGUUUUUUCAGGUUUUAUUUCUUUAUGGGAUCUUUAAAAACUUAGUUUGAAAACCAUAUUGCUCCUAGCCACGUGGAAUGACUCGAUCGAGUCCGCGAAGUUCAAAAUAACCGCCAGAGAGACUUUUUUUUCGCAAAAAUUAUUUACAACGCGGCAUGUACGAGAGCGCCGCCGUGCAUGCACACGACACACUACACUUUACGGGGAAAAAAAAAUAUGGGCGGGGCGUCGUCGAAAAAUCUCCGUGAUAUGUUCAAAAUGCGAUCAAAGCUUCGUUGAAACGAAGACAAUGAGAUUUCUCAACUCUGAUUUUUUUUUUGAUAGUAGGCGAAAAUUAGAGAGCACAGAGAAAGAGAAAGAGAGCGCUCUCCUAUUCCUGGCGUCUCUUCAAAUUAACGUUGAUCUAUACUUUCUAGGCCGAUUAUGUCUGGAUGGUAAGCAUCAAGAAUGAGGAAAGUGACACGACCGUAAGAACAAAACCAUGCAAUUAUGAUAUCAAUAGUAAAAGGUAUGAAAUUAUUUCUAGUCCAAUAAAAAGAGAGAUUUUUCAGACCGACGGCAGGCCAUAUUCAAGUGAUAAGGAGUUAUUUGAAAGAAGCACUCAAACUUAAAACUAAUGGGGUUGGUUGUCCAGAUUUUCCGGUUCACUGAAACGUCGCCUAGAAAUUAUUCUGAAAAAUUGCGCCUCUCCUAGGAACUUCAGAGUGGCCCCUAUAGGGGCAAACUUAGGGGCCCUCAGAGGGGUGACUACUUAACUAACCCCUAUAGGGACCACUAAAGCUUGCAAAAGCGAUCCCUAUAGGGGACAUGCUAGUCGAUAUCUUUAAUGAACUCUUAGCGAAGAAGUAUUUUCAUUGGAAAAACUUAAUAAACAAGUGUUUAUUGAAUGAAAUUGAGAGAUCCCUAUAGGGCUAAGGGGUCGGAACCUAAAGCCCUCUAAGGCCACCUUAAUUUUACCCUUAUAAGGACCAUUUUUUCGGCCCCUAUAGGAGUUGUUUUCUUCCUUAAUCCCUAUAGGGAGCACUCUGAAAUUCCUAAGCUUGUCUUUUAGAAGAGUAAUGAUGCUGCAGCUCGUAAAAGCUCCGUAGAGAAAAAAAAAGUAUCGCGUCUUUAAGACGUCAUGACUCUACCGAAAAGCAAAGCAAACUGGUUUUUCGACUAAUUUGUAAUCCGAGCGUUCAAAAGGACCCAUCAAACCUUUUGGAAUACCUUUGUAAGAAGCUAUAGUUUCUCUUAUAUACAUUUUACAGGGCACUGAGAAUUUAAUCGACACUUUGAGAGCCGCAAUGGCCCUCGGAUUGUUCCUAUCGAGUACUUUGUUGAAAGGAUAUUCAAAUUAUAAGUGAGUUCAACUAAAAAAAAACCUGAAACGGCUUCAAAACAUUUUCAUAGCCCCAAACCUUGACAUUUAAAUCAAGUUCUGUGAAAAAACCGAUUAACCCUCAAUUUCAAGGGAAAACUACAUCGAGUCAACUCGCUUCACCGUCUAUCCGGAAACUAAGUUGGUCGAAGAAAAGGACGAGGCUUUCAUUGGAGUCUCUUUCCCAAAAUCAUUGGCCGAGGCUCGGCGCAGGUUCAAAUGCCCCAGCCUCAAGUAUGUUGAGCUCGAAAACUCUUUGGAGACGCCAGGCUCACAUUUCGAAUCCGACUUUUUGCCGGUUUGGCUUUUUUUGAAUUAACAAGUGGAAAGAAAACAGUUUACAGUUUGAAUACUUGGAAACGCAUGCUGGCAGCGACAGCAGUUAUUUCACAAAUAUUUCUUUGGCUCUUAUGGAAGAUUCUGGCUGGUACAAAGUGGACUAUUCGUUCGUUUUCCUUCCAAUUUUCAAUAUUCUGUUCAAGUAGUCAUAUAGAGAUGAUUCCAGAAUGGCCUUCAAUGGUGUAGGAGAUAGCCCUCCACAGCCCCGUCUAAACGACCCCGAUUUGAAGCCUUUUUGAUUAGACUUUUAGAAGGGGGGAGGGGGUUGCAAUAUUGGAAUUUUCCCAGCAUCUUCUCCACUUUUUUUUCUACGGUCAUAUUUGAAUUUGAUUCUUCGCCUGAAACCGCUCCGAGACUUCAAAAAGUUAAUAAGCUAGCCAUGCUUAUGUGACCUUUCAACUGAACCAAUAAAAAUUUCUCCAACUUUCAGAGUUGCCGAGCCAGUUCCCCAACUCAUUGAGGAGAAGCAUCCAUGUCUCUAUGCAAAGUCGUGCAAAUUCAGCGAAUACCAUGGACAAAUGUAGUUUUUUUUCUGUGUUCAACAUGUGAAGAAAAAACGCUCAGGGAUUAUUUCACGAAAUGCCAUCCUGGCCGAAAAUCACACUACGGUCCUUUUUCUAAAUCAUUCAAAGGAUACAAUCGAUGCAAAAUUCCAAAGGUCAGCAAAUAUUUUUGUUUAAAUGAGGAAGUUUGGAAGCUUUCAGGUCACAACGUGUGGGAAAAUUUUUCAGAGCCAGGUUUUUUCUUUGAUUAAUUUUCAACUGAUCAGGGGACGUUUUUAACCCCCGGUUGACCUUUCGAUAAAACUUCGCUGUACUUUAAGAUCUCCUGAUUGCAGAAGAAGCAAAAAAAUUCUCGUGAUAGAUCUCUUUUCGAGUUAUGAAGCUUGAAAGCCCGCAAAAUACGGAAACUAUAACAAAGAAAAGGCGCUAUUUCAAGCUUUUAAAGCGUCUCAACUUGAAAGUACGUGAUGACGUCACAAAAAGUAGUUGGUUAGUCCAUGUAUGGUUUGGAAAACCGCUUUUAUUCUGCCUCUAAGAGCUUUUAUAACAUCAAAAUAGGAGUUUUUUCAACUGAGCUCAUGUGUUUUGAGUCAUUUCGAGGCUACUUAAAUGAGAAAAAAAAAAUGUAAACUAUUAAAGAAUUGGCGAUGUCUGGAGCACGAAGGUCCGUAUGACAUCAAGUUCCUUGGGGCGUUUGGAGACUUCUCAUUUCCCGAGAAAGUUUCCGCCGCUCAAUGUUACGAAGUUCUUUUUCUUAAAAAAUCAUCAUCGACAACUUGUUUCAGAUCAAGUGCAACAACGGCAGGCUGGCGUUUGUCUCCGAAAAGAAGAUUUACGAGUGCUAUACCAGCGGACAGUUGGUCACGCUUACGGAGGUGAUUUGGGAAAUUCUCAAAUUGGAAGAGUGCCAGUCCUGGAAACUCUGGUAGUUCCAAGAGCAAUACUGAAGACAGUCCUAAAACACCUGGCAGUGGUUUAUUCGAAAAUUCAGAGUCACCUAUACCAAAUUUUUCGAGGUCUGUGUACCACAACUUGGAAUUUCACCAAACGACACCGCUGCGCGCCUUUGCGAACCUUGGUCGAGCUUUAAUUCAUUUUUUCUUCUAUCAAGUUACUCUACUUUCAUGUGAUCCCACAGCAAUAACAAUCAAUUGGAAGCGUGACCAAGAUUCGAAAGACGCUUCGCGAACGCCCGCAGCGGAACAGCGAAAUGUCGUUCGGUGAAAUUUCAAGUCGUGGCACACAGACUAUAGUAUUGCUAUCGGGACUGUCGGAGUAUUUGAACUGUCACUGAUCCAAGCCCGGAACAGAUGACUUUUUGAGGCUUCUUCUCACAACUUUUGCCUAAAAAUUUAAAUGGACUUUAAAAAACAUCUCAGACCUACAAAACUACCAUCUACCACACACUCCGCGCUCACAAGAUGACUUCAUUCGCCAAAGAAUACGUUGGUUUUUAAAUCAGUUGAGGACAUGAACUAGUCAAAAUGUACAGAGCGUUAAAUCAACCAUAUAUUUCUGUGCUUGAAAGGGCUAUUUUCAUACAUGGGCAGACCGAAAUUCAUGAUUUUUUAUACAUGGGCAGACCGAAAUUCCCCUUCGUUCUAGAAAAUUUCUCUAAAUCAGCCUUUUUCUCUGAUCUACCACGUUUGGACCUUGCCCGUGUAUGGCUCUUCUCAGCCAGAAAUUUUCAUUUCCUCUCAAAAAUCAGAAUUAUUCUCUUCUAGCCUAAAGUUCCAGGAAGGAUACCCCUAUACGAUCGAAAGAAAUGUGGUUUGCCCGGCCUACUGCGAAGUCUGCGCAGAAAGAGAUUCAAUGAGAUGUUCGCCCGAAACGAAAUCCAAUGAAGAUUCCUCAAAAACCUCGAUUUUGCUUCCAAUUUUUACUAUCCUUUGUUUUAAUUUUGUUCGAUUAUAAUAAAUAUUUAGAACUUUAUUUCUCCAUUUCUUGUUUCAGUUGGUAUAGUCCGACAGUUUUCACGUGUCUGCGUCUCUCUGUUCCCUCACCGGCGAGGUCGCAGAAACACGAAAAUAGCGCGUCAACAAGAGAGGGUCGUCGAGAGACGAGGAGGGCGCAGAGAAGUCCCGCCCUUUCAAGUCGCGAAAAACAGACUAUAUGACCUAACGCGUUGGUCGAGAACAAUAUAGUACGUUUUUCGCGACUUGAAAGAGCGGGGCUUCUCUGCGCCCUCCUCGUCUCUCGACGGCCCUCUCUUGUUGAUGCGCUAUUUUUGCGUUUCUCUGAUCUCGCCGGUGAGGGAACAGAGAGACGCAGACACUUGCAACUGUCAAGCGGGCGGACUAUAAACUUCUGAAACCCACGGUUUUCGAAAUUCUUCACUUAAACGAUCUCAGAAGACACCUGGCGAAAACUGAUUCAAGGUCGGGUGCAAAUUUUUUUUUACUGUCAUAGCCAUUCUGGUGUUAGAUUGCACUAUAAAUUCGCUUAAUUCUCAGAGCUUUAUCAAAAAAAAGGGGGAAAAUGAAUUAUUUGUCAACUUUCAACUUUUCAUCUUCACUGUUUCAAUGAAGCUUUUAUCGAAUAAACUUUUUUCAAAAAGUGUAGGAAGAAAAAAUAAUGCAACGCCUCACGUGGAUAGAAAUUGAUUAUUUACCGACAAAUGCUUCUCAAACUCCAGUUGCUCUUUAUUUUAUGGGUCUGUAUAUCAAAUGGAAAGGUUGGUUUAUUUUUGAGUUCUUGUUCCGGUAAUCUCGGACAUUGGUAACAUGAAACGGAAGUUUCUAGACAUUUCUAGUGACCACUUUAGUAGCGUCAGCUCUCUUAAGCGAUCCCUAAAAUCGCCCAGAAACGUCAGUUUCGCGUUACCAAUGUCCGAGAUGCUGGAAGCUUCAGAAAAUGCAAAUAAACCUCAAUUAAUUUGGAUAUAUUUUCAGUUCGAAGAUCGCAUGGACACCCCUACUAAAGAAGCCUUGAGAGGACGAAAUUUGGCCGGAUUCCGUUGGAAGCCUAUUCGAUUCCACAUUCAUUAUCAUCCGUCUGUUGACAAGUUUUUUCUUCUCAAAUUACGUUUUCAAGAAUCAUUUUUCAGAUUUUCAGAAAAUAAAACGCGACGCUAUAAAACUGCCUUGGAAAGAGGUCAUUUUUCUUUCAAUUUAGUGGGAAAAAAGGUUGAUUUAGCUGUAAAAUGGUACGAAGGGGGAGUCAAAGUUCUACGAGAACGGACUGGCCUACUCUUGCCAUUGUUGUAUGUUUUUCGGACAGUUUUUCACAAUUAUGUUUUUACCUAGGAAUUUUAGAGUGGUCCUUAUAGGGUUUAGGGGGAAAACAGACUCUAUAGGGCCAAAAAGUCGUCCUUAUGGGGGUGAAAUCAGGGUGAUCCCUAUAGGGGUUGAAGGUCUGACCCCUUAGCCACUAAAGGUUAAGUGGUCUCUAUUUCAAUUUUAUUCAAAAAAGGUUUUUUUUUAGUUUGUCGCAUAGAAAUGCUUCUCCGCUUAGAGUUCAUAACAACAAUCGACUAGCAUGCUCCCUAUAGGGACCACUUUUUCAAGCUUUAGUGGCCCGGUAAAGUGAUCCCUUCAGGGGACCCUCCUAGGGCCCUAAGGAUGCCCCUGUAGAGACCACUCUGGAGUUUCCAAGCAGAACCUCGAAUUUGAUCGCAAAAUUCGAAAUAGCGAUCAGAGAGUGAGAAAGACAACUGAAUUUUGGAGAGUCAGAGAUUAUUUCGAGUUUCGCGGAAACUACUUUGAACAGGACGUUCUCGCUAAUCUUUUUCAAAAUCUUUAAAAAUCGGAGAUAGUUUAAAAGCUACUGAGCAAUACAAAGUUUUUUUCUAACCUUGGAAGUUAUAAAGCAGUCUAAAAUUCACCCCAAAAACAACAUCAAAGUGAUAUUUUUUUCCGCAAUUUUCUGUUAUUUUAGAAACGCAACAAAGUCGAUUUGCAAUCAGAAGUUUUUAUUUCCAAACGACACAUUAUUUUUCAAGGUUUUCUUCAAAUAUUCCGUUUUUUUCGCAAAAAGUUCUUUUUUUCAGUGCAACAAAGAAGCGGAUUGUGUGGAGAAGCCAAUUCAGGUGAUUUGUCUAGUUACUUUUUAUUUAUUUUUAUGUUUCAACUACUUUGCUAUAUUCACUUACAAGGAAGGUCAUUUUAAUUUGCGGUUGGGAAUUUCUUGAAAAUUGAUCAGAAAGAAGAACCUGAAACCUGCACAACUUUUUAAUUUUCAAGAAAUGAAGGAAUUUCAGCAAUUCUCGAAAAUUAGAAAGUUGUGCAGGUUGAGACUUUCAGGAUCUCUCAAAAUAACAGUAAUCUGGUCGAUUCGCAGUAAUCUGGUCGAUUCACAGUAAUCCCCAACUCGAAAGUGGAAUGAUCUCCCUUGUUAAUGGAAAAAAAGGCGGUAAUUUGCGGGUGUCAAUAUUUUUGUAAUAUUUAGGUGCUACGACAAGAGAGCGAGUUUUCCAUUUGCGGGGAGUACUGUAUGCGGAAAUGCGCAUUGAGUGCAUACACUUUGCGUGUUUACACUUUCCUUGCGGGACGUCACCGGGUAGGACAUCUCCGGGUUUUUUGUUUCCGGGUUUUUUUUCGAAUUUUUUUCAAUUUUUUUUUUCUUGAUGCUGUUUUUAUCGUGCAAAUAUCAACGAGAAAAAUGCAAACCUUGAAAAAAGCAAAAAAAAAGUUGAAAAAUAUUCGAAAAAAAGGUGGUAUGAAAAAAACACCAGCAAAAAUUCAAACGGCAACUUUUCCAAUUUUUUCAUAUCGCUAGGGAACUUUCCGACGGCCACCUUUCCGACGAAUCUUUUUCCGACGUUUUUUCUCGAUGAACUCUUCGUUUUAAAUCUUCCUAUAUAAAGUAGGUGGUUGGUUCAUGAUUAAAACACAAAAAAAUGGGAAAAAAGUUUAUAGAUGUUUUAAAAAUUGAAAACUAUAAGGGAAAAAAGUCGGAAAAGUUUCGUCGGAAAGGUGGCCGUCGGAAAGUUCCCUAGCGAUACGAAAAAAACGGAAAAGUCGCCGUUUGAAUUUUCGCUGGUCUUUUUUUCAUACCACCGAAAAAAAGAACUCGGAAACAAAAAACCCGGAGAUGUCCUACCCGGUGACGUCAUGCAACGAAAGUGUAUGCACGCAAUGCGCAUUUCCGCAUACAGUACUCCCCGCAAAUGGAAAACUCGCUUUUGUCGUAGCACCAAAAUUUAUGCCUUUACAACUUGUUCCACAUAACUAUCGACACAUCCUCAGGCCGAUUUCAUUUUGAUGGUAGCAUUCAACGUUGUGAAUCCUUCGAUAGAUUGGUGCACCGCGGACGAACACACGGAUAGGUUGAGGAGUUUGGAGAAAAAGAGCAUUUUAUCGUGUUUCAGACCCACUUCGGCACUAAUCCUGGAGGGUAUAGGUGAAGUUCAAUUCGUUUUGGAAAAUCAUCCGGUUUGUCUUUUUGUCCCCCACAGUAGUUAGAUGGGGGACUUUGAAAAGUCGGUGGGACAGAAUUUUGGAAUUUGAGAAUGAUGACGAACUAUUUGAGUAUAUGCGACACUUACUGGCACAGUUCUUAUAUUUUGGACCGCACCAUUUCGUCACAUAUCCGGAUUACGCGUCAGUUCGAGACUAUGCUCCAAUCGCCGCGCGACUUCAAGAAACUGUCUAGCGUGUCUGCGCUCUCCUCUCUCUGAUCACUUGUAAAGUCAUGUCGUGGGGAAUAGAUUCGCGGAAAAAACUUUAAAAUGAGAAUUUUUUAUCGCUAAAAGUUUGUUAUGAUCAAACCGCAGAUGGAAGUUAGAAAUCAGAAAAUUUAUUUCUAAUAAGGCUAGCACCCGUUUGAAUGAACCGUGGCGAUUUUCUGCUUUUUGUAGCUUUUUUUUUGACUUUUCUCUGCAUGAUGGUGAUUUAUACAUUUAUUCUAUUGAUUAUUACUUCUCAAAUACUCGUGAUUCCACUGUCUCACCUUUUUUUGACUCGACGUUAGUUCGAAAAAAAUCUUCGAUGACCAGACAACUCGGGCGAAGUCGGAGGGUGGAUAAUGGCCGCAAAAAGGGGGAGGCUCAGAAAAGGCCGCAAAACGGCAGCAAAAAGACAGAAAAAUGGCCGCUGAAAGGCAGCAAAAAAGGAACCUUUGUCAUCCUAAAAGGGACAUUUCUAUGAAGCCUUUUUCCACCCUUUCCGACUUUGCCUAUGAAGUCAGACAGUUUCAAGUCGUUGGCGAUGGAAGUAUACAAUUUUCUCCAAUAAUCGCAGUUCUAUUCAGAAAACAUCAUGUAAACUCAACUCGUUACACGGUUUAUCCCGAGGCAAAAAUCAAAGACAUGCUAGACGAUGCAUUUUAUGGAAUUUCGUUCCCGAAAAGUCUCGCCCAGGUCCGUCACUACUUCAAGUGUCCCGACUUGAAAUUCGUCGAGUUGGACAAGUCUUCAGAUAAUUUCGCAACUGAUUUCUUGCAGGUUUGCACUUUAAUAGGGAAAAAGACCGUUCUCAGUCAAAUCACAGGUGGAACGCAUAGAGAAACAGUUUGGCACCUCGAUUGCUUUGGCUUUGAUGGAAGAUUCGGGAUGGUACAAGGUCGACUAUUCGUCAGUUUUUUUUUAACGAGAAAAAUGGCCACCCUUGGAAUGCUUCAAAAACUUCAAAAUCAUCAUUUUCAGAAUAGCCGAUCCGCUUCCCCUGCUGUACGAAGAAAAAUCUUGUCCACGCGCGAAGAAUUGUAAACUGGGCGACUAUUCCGGCCAAUUGUGAAUUUUUUUUUUUUAUAAUUUUUUCGUGCAUUACUAAGAGUUACGAGUUUUGUCAACUUGGAUGAAAAGAAAAAAAGCCACAGCUUGAGAAUUUUAGAGCCUUUUCUGAGAUGUUCCUUGGAGCAAACAGUGGGAAAAUUCCAGAAUCGCCCCCCGCAUUCUAACCAGCCCCCCACCAAGCCAAGUUCCGAUGUGGGGGGGGGGGGGUUCAAAUCAGAGGACUUUAUGUAAAAUCAAACGCGGGGGGUUAAUCUGUAUUCUAGAAUGGCCCCCCGCAGUAUAAAACGGGGGCCGAUUCUGAAACGCCUUGGCAAUACUUUCAUAUUUGCCCCCCGCACGGCUUUGAAAUAGUCCCCCCACAGCUCAUUCGAACAAGCCCCUCUCCCAUUUCAGAAUGACCCCCUCCCUUUCAGAAUGGAUCGAAAAAUUCAUCUUCUACUCUCCGAUGAGGGUUCUUUGAAAAUCAUUUUCUGAAAGUAGCAGCAAAAUCUCAAAAUGUGUCUUUUUUCUAUGCCCCUGUGUCGUUUAUUUCCUCAAAUGUGAAUUUUACCGACCUCUGAUGAAUUUCAUAAUAAUCCGGCUACAGGGAUUUUUUCGACAAAUGUCAUGAGGGCCGAAAAUCUCACUACGGUCCGUCGAGAAUCCGUUAUGAAAACGACAGAUGUCACACACCAUAUGUAUGACUAAACUUGACGAUUUUUUUAAUGAAUAAAAGCAAUUUUUAAGUUCACUGUGUGCGGGAAAAACGUGAAUAAUGGCGAGGUUUGCUUUUUAAAAUUUUUUUUUAGGGUAACAAUUUCUCAACUGUUCAUUUUCUAGAGCUGGCGUUGCCUGGAACAUGAGAAGUUCAAAGUACGCGUUCAGGAUAUUCGGAAACGCUGGUUUGAUGCACCAGGAAUAAUGGCGCCACAGUGUUACCAGGCACUCGAAAAAGCUUUUUUAUUUUUGGUCAUCUCCAAGAUGUUUCAGAUCAAGUGCAACGACGGCAAAGUUUCCUUCGUUUCAAGAGGGAAAACGUACACAUGCGAUCGCCCGGGCGAAACAAUUAAACUUCAUGAGGUUUUGGGUCGAAUCUCUUUUUUCCGAAUAGGAGAAAUUUCAGAAAUACGGCAGGUAUCAUCACUAUCACACGGUUGCUGUGCACUCAUUGAAAGGACUCAGAAAAAAAUUGGUGAGUUUCUUUCCUCUAAUUGGUGAGUUUCUUUCCUCUAUAUAAAAAAUCCGACCUCAAAGGGAAUCUCUACAAACUUCCAUUCAGUUAUGAAGCUUUUUCGUAAACAUUGAAUCUUUGCUAGCCAGGGAAUGGUCUCUGGUCGCAGGGGGAGCUCUCAAUGAGACCAAGUUUUCUAGAUGUAGUUUUUUACGCUGAUCUCAAAUCUGUAUUCAAAAACUGCCGAGGGGUUCUGUGAAAAAAGUUAUAGACCCUCAAAAGUCGAAAAAGGAGCUCUUAAACGGAAGUAUAGAAAAAAGAAAAAACUGCAAAAAAAGUUUUGCGUGUCCUAUUGCGAUCCGACGGCUGUCGAAGCAACGGCAGAGAGUAGCAGUGGUAAGGCGGCGGAACGGUACUAGCGAGGUCAUAAGUUCGGUCCCCACCGUAUGCAAAACUUUUUUUGCAGUUUUUCUUUUUCCUAUACUUCCGUUUAAGAGCUCCUUUUUCGACUUUUGAGGGUCCAUAACUUUUUUCACAGAGCUCCUUGGCAGUUUUUGAAACCAGAUUUGAGAUCAGCGUAAAAAACUACAUCUAGAAAACUUGAUCUCAUUGAGAGCUCCCCCUGCGACCGGAGACCAUUCCCUGGUAAGUAGGCUCUAAUGGUAAUAACACUUCAGCAACCACUGAAUGGUUCAGAACCUCGCCAGAACAUGACAAUUUUCCUAGCUUCUUUAAGUGAUCACUGGAUAGGCUUAAAAGCCACUUCAGUGAUCACUGAAUGGCCACAGAAGACCUUGAACGAUUUCCCACAUGAUGUCUGACUAGUCAGUUCAUCUUUGAAAAAUUUCUGCCUUUCGUGAGAGAAAGUUACUUUUCUCUGUUUCCAACAGGAGAGGAUGCCGUACAUAAUCGACAGGACGGUGAUUUGCCCGAAAUACUGCGAAGUCUGUGGCGAUCCUUCGACACCGUGUAUCGACAUCGUCGAGCCAAAUAAAGGCUCCAAGGACGAUGUCUCGCUUAUUUUCGCCAUUUUUUCUUUGAUCAUCUUCCUUUACUGA